AUCACCACCGGCGCGAGUGUGUCGAUCUCACAGUGUGUGCCGGAGUAUGGCUUCCUCGUGGGUGCUUCUGUUCCUGGUGGGGCUUGCGCUACUCGCGGAAAAGCUGCAGGACGAUCAAGCGAGUGCCACCGCCAACAUCAUCUACAGCGGAUUUAAGCUGCCAUUGCCACGCCACCGGUUGUUCUAUAAGUCGGUCGGUGAGCGCAAGAUCGGCCCCAACCUGUACGAGGUGUCCACCAUCAUCCAGGAGGACAUUCUGCUGCGGAAGCGAUGCGAGUGCAUGAUGCGCCAUCGGUGCCGUGUCCCACGCAACAUCUUCUACCUUUCGAACCGAGAUUGCCAUCACCGCGAGAAGGUGUGCUGCGAGCUGCUGGAGAACAUGUAUGACCCGGCCAACAACGGCACGGCCACCGAGCGAAGUUUCGUGAACGACAACGAGAUCUAGGCUCGAUCUACGACACAUGAUCCUACACCCCCACGAGUGCGCUACCGCCUGCAACUAACCCGAAUUCUUCUCCUUGUCCACGUCGCCAAAGUCGAGCGACGAGUUUUUGCUGAGAUGCCGCGUCAUCCCGAGGCAGUCCUUGGCGCUGUGGUCGUCGAACAGAGUCAGCAGGCCCCAGGUCCACUCCUGUUCGGUGUCGAUCCAGUUUAGGAGGUCUUCCGCGCGGAGUAUCACCUUGUCCGAGAUCGCCAGCACCUCGUCCUGGGUGGGUGAGAAAGAGAGAAACAAACAAACCUUUUAUAACAAUCUUGAAACUCGCGAAAGGAUACAUUUGCAUUUAUUACACCUGACUAACAUCUCUUUUUACAUGUAUUUCGAACGGUCUUUGAAGGCCGAAGAUUUGUAGUUAGUGCUUAAAAAUUCUCACUUAAAACCUAAUAAAGU